AUGAUUUCUAAUAGCAAAGACGAAAGAAAUUAUUUCUGAAAUUUUUCUCAUUUUGAAAAACCUUCCUUUAUGAGACGAAUGCAAAAUCUAAUUUUCUCAUUCUUUGGCGAAAUCUACGAAGUUAAGUAUAGCGGUAAAACUAAAUGAACUACGCAGCUUAUUUAUGAAAUUUUUAUCAAUGUUGUCAUUUCUUUGCAGAUGAGCUCUUUGGCUUGAUAUCCAAAUUUAUCAAUAGAUGAAUGAGAAUCAUAUCAUAAUUUCUGAGUACUGAUCGGCGUUGCAAAUUACAGCGAAAUCUGUGGAUGGUUUAAUACGAUGGAUUUAUGUUUCUACGGGACCAUAUCGACUAUAGGCGCAUGUCUUGCAUCUUUUAUAGCUUUCGGAGUUUUUUUUUACUUCGAGAAAAAGCCGCCAAGUUUGCUCAUUAUUGUCCCAAGAAAAAUAGCUGGAGUAAUUUCCACAGUUUGUUUUAUUCCAACAACUAUUAUUUUACUGAUGAUUCUAAAGUACUCAACUGGAAAGUUUGAAUCAGUAGAUGAAUUCACUGGCUCAGUCACCAAAAACUUGAAUUUUGGACCAAUUGGGAUGGUAUUUUCAAUACUGUGUUUAUUGGUUUUAAUUCCUAUGGCCAUAUUCACAGAAGUGUUCAGUUGUGAUAUCAGACAUUCUAAAUUUAGAAAAAAUAUAAAAGCUAGAUCUUCUGCAGCCUUGGACUUGCAAAGAAAGCUAUUUUAUGCUUCUCUUUGUGUAUCUUAUAUCACAUUAGGUGUGAAAAAUGCUAUCAUUCAUCAAAUUUUCUGAUUUUGUUGCUCAUUUUUUGUUUUUAUAAAAAUAUUAUGGCUGCUGCAUUUCUUUAAUUAUAUAGAAAACGCAAUUCAUGCUUAUAAAUUUGGGUCAACCAGCCUAAUAUUUUUAAUUUUUAUAUUUGGGAGCUCAAUAAAUAAUUCUUUGAUCACAUUGACAUUUACUUUGAUUUUGCAACCAAUAGCAAUUUUAUUGAUUUUUCAUUAUACAAAAAUACAAUAUCAGAAGCUUAAAAAUAACAGUAAAAUCCCCAGAAAUCAAUAUGAUUUCGAAAGAAAAUUCCGUCAUUUAUUAACUGAUCAAAAUUCUGAAGACAAAGCAAAUAUUUUGAAAUUAUUUAAUCAAUAUUCAAAAUUGACAUAUUUUAAAAAAGAUAAACUCUUUGUGGAAUGGGAAUUUAAUUACUGCCUGCAUACUUUAAAAGAUGAACGGCUUGCCCGUGUGAUUUUAGCAAAAGCAGGAUAUUGUGAAUCCUCAUUUGAAAGCAGCGUUUAUGAGUGAAGAAUCUUGGAAAAAUUAAAAAAUAAAGCAAAUGAGCCAAUUCCAGAAUUUAUUUAUUUGGAAUAUUUAAAUGAAUUUGGAAAAACCAAAUAUUUCGAUAAAAAACUAUGCUACUUGAUAAUCCAACUGCAAACAGAGUUUUCUUCAAAGUCGCCAAGAUUUAAGGUCCUUGUCGACCUGACGAAUAGAGCAUCAAAGUGCAUGGAAAAGGUCAAGAGCAAGUAUAGCAGUAUUAUCGAAAAAUACGCAAAUAUUGGAGGGUUUGAAUUAUAUGCAAGCUUUUUAGAAAAUAUUGAGCACAAUUAUGAAGAAUCUGACAAAAUCAACAAAAGGAAAAGCGGCAUUGAAAUUUUUAACCAAAAAAAUCAAAGCUUAGACAGAUAUGGCAGGCAUCUUGGAAUAAUUCUUGCAUCAAGCUCUAAAAAUUCACUUGGCUUAAUAGUUUACAUCAAUGAAAAAGCAGCUGAAGUCUUAAAAGUCUCAUUAUCUGAUGUUAUUGGUACUUCAGUUUUCAAUUUUCUCCCUGAGCCUUAUAAUCAAUAUCAUUCUAAAACUACAAAAAAUUUCCUAAGCAGUUCAAAAAGUGUCGAAGUCCCAUACCAUCAAAAUUUAUUUCUUGAAACCCACAGAGGGUUUCUGGUGGAAUGCAAUAUGCUGAUAAAGCUUACAGCUUAUAACAGCGAUGUUUAUUAUAUUAUAUCAUUUAUUCCAAAAAUCACAAGUAAACAGAUUGCAUUAAUUUCAGAAUCAGGAGCUAUAUUAAGCCACUCAGAAGCUUUUCCACGUUAUUUAGGGCUAAAUGAGAAAUGCUUAAAACAUUUUCAUAUAGAGCAAGUUGUGCCAUGCCUUGAAAUAAAUAAAAUGAAAAUUUAUGAGCCAGUAUUAAUGAGACUAAAUAUCAUCGAUAUUGCCCUGGUGCGGAUUGACAAACAAAUAAAUUCAAAAACUUUAAUUAUAUUAUAUUUACUUCACGAGCAAGGUGAUAUAAAAAGAUGAAAAGAAGGCAAAGAUGAAGACCAAAUUUCCCAUUAUCGUGAACGAGAAAGAACUAUUGAAGAAAAUUCGCAUCCUAAAGAGCUCUUAGAUCAUAGAAGAGACACUAAAUACCAGCAGCUCAAGGAAUGCUCAAUUUCUUUCAGAUUGAGCGAAAUUGAAAAUUUACCUGAAUUAUCAGAAAAUGAAAAUAAAUCAGUCGCUGAUAAUAUAUCUGUUGGAAAUGAUAAUCAUAGCCACUCAUCGAUAAAAUCAAGUAUUUUUUAUUUAGGACAUGCACAACACUUAAUAGUAAAGACCUCAAAAAAAAUAAAAGUGCUUCAAUGAGUACUAUUAGCUAUAGUAAAAAAAAAUUAGACUUUAACUAUAAUAUCCACUAUGAUUGCGGUUAUUUCCAAUAUGAUAAGCAACGUAAACUUGACCUCAUCUAUGAGCAUUUUCUAUAAAAUUGGAGAUAUUUUGUAUAAUUUUGGAAUUUCUGCUGAUUUAGCUAGAUUAACUGAUAGGGAAAAAUCAUUAUCGUAUAAUUAUACAACCCAUCUAAGUCAGCUAUUAGAAGCUAUGGAAGCUUUAAAGGAAAGCCAAAGUGGGAUAAUUUCAGAUCUUGAGCAAUGAAAAUUUUGCGAAAACUCAAAAAUUGCGAAUUCUCCAUUGAUCCCUAUAUGAGAGUUUGACCAAAAAUUUCCAAAAACUACACAUAAAAAUAUCUACGACACUAUAUCUGAUUUUAUAUUUAAUGUAAAUUUCAAUUUAGAUCCAAAGCAUGUCGAGUGCAAUUAAUGAAAACCAAAGCUACAAGAAUUAUACACAAUUUAUCGUCAUGAAUGGUAUAGGGAGAACAUAUAAUUACUUAAAUCAAACCAUAUUUGGUUUUGAAAACUGUGAAGCAGAUCAAGUCCAUUCCACAGGACUAAGCGUGCGCGCCCUCCUUAUCAGCGGCUUUAUUACUGUUAUUAUUUUAGUUUUAAUUAUUCUUUGGUUCAUUGGGCUUGUCGCAAAGCAAGAAAACGAGUUUUGGAACUUUGUGUUAAAUAAUAUUCAAAUCCCUAUAGCCCGUUCUCGGCUAUAGAUCGGACUUAGCCCGAUCUUUGCCGGGAAACUCGAGGGGUUGUCUCCGUCACUUUGAGGUGACGAGUCAACUCACCGAGUUGGCAAAUCACCAUAUAGCAGUUAUUUGCAAACUCGGGGAGUUGACUCGUCACCUCAAAGUGACGGAGACAACCCCCCGAGUUUCCCGGCAAAGAUCGGGCUAAGCCCAAUCUAUAGCCUGGAAUGGGCUAUAUAACAAAGUGAAAAAGUGAAGCAAUUGAUAGGCUUAUUCUUGUCCAUGAUGAGGAAAUUAUGGCUGAUGAAAGCAAUAAUUCGAAGCAUAUCCACAAAAAGAUAAAGACAGGGACAGAAAUAAGACACUCUUGAAAAAUUGCGGCGUUUUUCGCUAUUUCAGCUUCUUAUUAUAUUUUGGUUUAUUUGUAUUUAUACCCAACUUGUGAAAAAUAUAUGAUAAAUCGCCCAAAGUUGCUCAAUAAUUUCAAUAUGAAGCGAUCCUUAGUAUCUAGAGUCUCAAUUUUUUCUAGAGAUAUAUUAAGUUCAUAUUUUAUAGCAAGUUUUCCAAAUUCUUGUGACCUUAUAAACUCAAUUGAAAUGGCAAAUAUUUCAGCUCAUAUUCUAAGACAGAAAAACAGCGAAAUAAGAGAAAGCAAAUUUAUGGAAAUGCUGUCUGAUGAAUUAAAGCAAAAAAUAUUUGAAGAGACAAAUUUUAAGGAUCCGGAGCUUGCAUAUGGGUCUGAAAUAGCAAUUGAGACGACAAUAUAUGAUAGUAUUAGCUUGGGAUAUGUAAAAAACGUUCAACCUACAGUCAUGCAACCCUAUUUAGCAAUGCUUAGAGAUAUAAAUAAUGAGAUAGGAAUUGAGCUAGAAAUGGCUGACCGGGAUUCAAACAAUAUAAUAAAUCACCAGCUGGGUCUAAUCAUUUUAGUUACUAUAAUUUACUGCCUAACUUUGUGUGGAUUACUGCUGUUUUAUUACUUGCCUUAUUUCCAUAAUGAAUCUAAAGAGCUUCAGAGACUUUCAGUGCUAUCAUCAGUACUUGCACUUGCAAAUGAAUAG